AACACGAUGAUGUUGAUGAUGAUGAUGCAGCAAACCUUGCUAUUUACAGUAGCUACCGGAAUAUUAAGCUUCACCAAAGCCCACCGAUACAAAAUCGAGUUUGAAGAUGAUGAGUUAUUCAGCGAUUGCCCAAAUCAACCAGAGAGUGUACUCAAUAUUAAUGGUCUCUUAAAUUUGACAGAGUUGACCAUAGACCGGCCACAGGAUAGUUUACAAUUUUCAGGAAAUUUUACUACGGUAUGGAAUAUUCAGAAAACGGAUCUCAUACAGGGUAGCUUGGAUGUUUUCAAAUAUGAACGCCGAGAGUGGGUACCAACUAUCUACAAGAUGAGAGCACUUAAUUUCUGUUCAAUACUGUUUGAUAAGAAUCAAUAUUGGUACAGAGUGUGGGGACAACACGUAACGAAUCUCGAGGAAGUAAAGGACAAGUGUUUUAAGCCAGGGACGAAGUACAUGCAUGAAACCUUCGAGAUGUAUCUUGAUUUUGAAAAUAGAAUGCAGAAUGUGGAAGGAGAACAUAAAAUACAAUUUGAGCUAAAAGCAUUUGACGAGUUCAACAGGAUGCGUCCAACUUCCAUAUUAGCCAUCAAAAUUUUAAGCUUCACCAAAGCCCACCGAUACAAAAUCGAGUUUGAAGAUGAUGAGUUAUUCAGCGAUUGCUCAAAUCAACCGGAGAGUGUACUCAAUAUUCAUGGUCUCUUAAAUUUGACAGAGUGGACCAUAGACCGGCCACAGGAUAAUUUAAAAUUUUCGGGAAAUUUUACUACGGUAUGGAAUAUUCAGAAAACGGAUCGCAUACAGUGUAGUUUGGAGAUUUUCAAAUAUGAUCGUCGAGAAUGGGUGCCAACUCUCUACAAGAUGAAAAUGCCUCAUUUCUGUCCAUUACUCUUUGAUGAGAAUCAACAUUGGUACAAAGUCUGGGGACAACACAUAACGAAUCUCGAGGAAGUAAAGGACAACUGUCUUAAUGUUCCAGGGGAUCUCCUAAACCAUUGA